UGGCUCUGCACCCCCCCUGAGCUUCAGCACAGGCGCCAUAGAUGUCCAGAUGUGGUGCUGAUGGUGGAUUUUGUUCGCUGAAGUCUGGUGGGUGAGGGAGGUCAGUGCUCAACACAUGUGGGUGCCUCAGCCGAGUGAAAGAGCACAAAGGCAGAAGAAAACCAGUUGGUCUGACGGUUUCACAGGAAGUGUGCGUAUGUGAGUGUGUGUCAGUGUGACAGCGAGCGAGUGUGAAGAAGAGAGCAAAAGCAGGAGAGAAAAAAGUUACAUAAGGUACAACAACAUAUUAUUAUCCCCAAAGGACGGAAACUCACAUGUCACAGCGACACAAGAAUGUUUCCGUGUAGUUAUAGAGCCUCAUCUCUGAAAAACACAACUUAAUGUGAGAAAACAGGUCAGAACAUAGACAGAAAAAGUUAAACUGCACAAAAAAGACUUUUAUCCUGCAAAGAAAUUAGCAUUGGUGCAGACAUCAAACGAACAGACAGGAUCAUCAGUGAUGGAGGCAUGGCUCCACAUUCUGAUUAAACUCUGGCAGCAGUGGAAGAAGUCAAAGUACCACCAGAACAGUGCAGAAACAGCGUCAGAGUCAUAUAUAUCACAUCACGGGAUUAUAAUGUCUGUGUUCUUCACUUUAAUGCUGCAGCUUGUAAAGGUGGAGCUACUUUAUACACGCCUGGGUCGCUUCAUCUAUCAUAAUACACCACAAUUUAUUAGUUGAUGAUGUUUCCUACAAUUAACCUGAAUCUGCAAAGACACUAAGGAUGUCAAAAUGGUUUUCAAACAUAAAUAAAUAAGAUUUGGGCGGAAAAAAAAAAGAUUUAUCAGCAACCUACCACUAGUAAACAAAGCAACCGGAAGAACUGAAGAAGAACUAACAGGCAGAUUGUGACACAAAUAAAAGCUUGAAUGAGGAAAUGGCAAAAAGCCCAUUUAUAUGUAUUUGUCAGCGGCAGGUUGAACACAAAUCCAUUUUUUAACCAAAUCUUUCUAAUUUAUGUAUUGAAAACAAUUUGCCUUCUACACUUUUUACACCUGAUUGCCAUUUUUUCCACCUGAGAGACUGAAACAUAUGAUAAUAUCAUUAUAAUAUUAAUAACUGGUUACUUUGCAGAUUCAGAAUACUUGUUGAUGUGUAGUUCAUUAAUUAAUUGAUCUCAGCCUCUCCAUUAAAUGACUUCAUUGAGCUUCUGUGGGAGAGCAGUGGGGGACGGGGCGUGUUCCUGUUGCUAGGCAACGUGACGCGGAAUCCAAGGGACAACGCUAACACGGCUAACGGCUAAUCCUCGUCGUUACUAACGGAAACAAGAAAAAUAGUACCUAGAACGAUAUAAAUGAAGUGCCAUUUAAGUUGGCUGUGACACGGAGGGUAAUGUCCGGCCGCAGCAGAGUUGGAGUCGUCUGUCCGGAUGAAUUUGUUGCUGAAAGCGACAAACUGAACAGUAAAUAUGGAGGAAGGAGGAGCGGCGGGGUGCUGGAGGUGUUCGGGGCGGUGCUGACGCUGCUGUCUGUGGCCUUCAUCCUCUUCACCUUCCCCCUCACAGGCUGGAUGUGUGCUCAGGUCGUUCAGGAAUAUGAGAGGGCCGUUAUCUUCAGACUGGGCCGUGUGGUUAAAGGACGAGCCAAAGGACCUGGUCUGUUCUGGUUCAUCCCCUGGCUGGACGUCAUCCAGAAAGUCGACCUGCGGACCGUCUCCUUUAACGUCCGGCCACAAGAGGUUCUGACGGCAGACGGGGUGCCAUUAAAGGUGGAUGCUGUCGUGUUUUACCGGGUGGUGGACCCCUCCCUCUGGGUGACACGUGUUAAAAACGGCUACCAGGCCACACACACGCUAGCCCAGACGACGCUGAGGGCCACGCUGGGCACACACACUCUGACUGACGUCCUGACACAGAGGACGGACAUCACUAAGAGAAUGGAAGAGGCGCUGUUUGCUGCAUCCAGACUGUGGGGUGUUAGGGUGGAGCGGGUGGAGCUAAAAGACCUGACCCUCCCCGUCAAUCUGCAGCGCUGCAUGGCCGCAGAGGCUGAGGCUGCCAGGACUGCCAGGGCUAAAGUAUCUACGCACACACACACACACACACACACACACACACACAGUCUGUCCAUCAGAUGCUCCCUGUCAGCUUCAGUUCUACAGAUUUGUGGUGUCCUCUGGACUCUUCGUCCGCACUGAGAACAGUUAUUAAACACGCAGGUGUGUCUGAGCUCCUGCCGUCUGUUUCAUUUAAUGCCGCUGAACAAACACUCAUGAAACACACUGCGCGUCGCCGUCUGUGUAAGCUGUGAUUCAGGUCAUGUGACGUCCAGCAGGAAGACUCAGUGGUGUGAUCUGAACACAAACAACGCUGUGAGGUUUCUAUGGUGUGCAUUGAACUUGGCCUCGACCUCAGCGGCAGUAUGAGCAGGAUGUCACAGAGCAAUGCAGCAAGUCCAUUACAAAUUACCCUCAGCUGUGAGCAUUCACUCCUGCUGCUCUGACCCCUUUUCUUUUUCCUCUUUGUGAGGAAAUACUCGUCUCAGCUUUGAUAUUGUGUAACAGAAACUGAUCCUGAUCCUAAAAAUCAAAGAGCUCUUUGAGGAUUUUCUGCUCGUUUCUCUUUGUGUCUGUGAGAUGAUUGUGGCCGAAGGAGAAGUGAAGGCGUCUCGUGCUUUAAAGGAGGCGGCGUCGGGACUUUCCCCCGUGGCUCUCCACCUCAGAUACCUGCAGUCUUUGUCCUCGGUCCAGAGCAGCGCGUCCAUCGUGGUGUUCUCGCUGCCCACGGAGCUCCUCGACAUGUUCGUCUCCCAUCAUCCUCAGCUCUCCACAAGUCACUGGACCUGAGUGUCUCUGCAAACACCAAACGUAUGAGAGCAGCGGUUCACCCGCUUGUUAAACGUGUCGUUGGCCAGAUGUUUGUAGUGUUUGU